AGUUUGGCACAAUGGACAGGAUACAGAUGCAAUGUUUUCCUGUUUCAUUCAUGCGUGUUGUGACAGAAUAUGCUACUCUUUCUAAAUCUCUGAAUUUAUGUUUAUAUCUUACAUAGAUUGAGUUAUUGAAUAUUCACUUUUUAGGAAAACUCAGAUGUAGCUAGCUUAGAUAACAAUAUGUAGAAUUGUAGUUUAUCUACACAUAACUGCAUCACACUUACACGCGUUUUACAUGAGCUUUGUUUUAUUCUUGACACAAUGGAAUAGGAGACAAAGCGUCCACUCUAAGAAGUUCAUGUCAUUUUAGUGUCAUAAAAGAUCAUUUUACAAAAAGGCUACUCACUGUGAAGUCGGAUAACCCCGCCCACCUCCUGCCAAUCACUCUUAAAGGCCACGUCUCAAAGUUUUUUUCACAUCCAGAGAGUUUACAGCAGUAACGUUUUAUCCUUCAAUGCGAACGCGUUGCUGAACAGGAGGUAAAUCAAGGUGACAGUAUGCUGCGGUGGAGAGUGUCGAAGCCCACCGUGCUGAGCCUUUUUCUAAUUCAGGCUGUCGCAGUGGUGCUUCUGUACGGGUGGUACAGUCGUCCACCCAGUCAAAACACAUCUCCGUCCCAGGGCAAGGUACACGUGCUGUUGCUGUCGUCAUGGAGGUCUGGCUCGUCGUUCCUGGGCCAGGUGUUCAACCAGCAUCCGGAUGUCUUUUAUUUGAUGGAGCCAGGCUGGCACGUGUGGACGUCUAUACAUCAAGCCGGCGCGCGUAGCUUGCGAAUGGCGGUGCGCGAUUUGAUUCGCAGCGUCUUUCAGUGCGACAUGUCAGUGAUGGACGCUUACAUGCCUCAGCCACGCAACGUCUCCAACCUCUUCAUGUGGAGCCACAGCCGUGCGCUCUGCUCUCCACCCGCUUGUUUUCUCACAGCUCGAGACGAGAUCAGCAAAGAGCAAGAAUGCAAGCAGCACUGCGAUACGCGAGGUUUGAAGCUCGCAGAGGCAGCGUGCCGGACUUACAGCCACGUAGUGUUAAAAGAAGUGCGUUUCUUCGAGUUGGAGUCGCUUUAUCCUCUACUGCGCGACCCCACUUUGGAUCUGCGCAUCAUCCAUCUGGUUCGCGACCCACGAGCGGUGCUUCGUUCCAGGGAGCAGUCGGUCAAAGCCCUGGUGAAAGAUAGCGCUAUAGUCCUGGAACACGCCAACGUCCCCGAAAAGGAUAAGUCGUACCAGGUCUUGCAGGAGAUUUGCCGCAGUCACGUGCGCAUUUAUGAGACCGCCAUGUUGAAGCCACCCGAUUUCCUGCGGGGACGCUACAAAAUGGUACGUUAUGAGGAUCUAGUGCAUAACACGCAGGCGGAGAUCGAAGCCAUGUACGAGUUUGUGGGUCUGGAGAUGACUGAAGCUUUGCAGGAGUGGAUCUACCGCAUCACCCAUGGGAAGGGCAAGGGAACGAAGAAGGAGGCCUUCAAGAUCACCUCGCGAAAUGCAGAGGACGUCUCCUUGGCUUGGCGAACCACCUUACCCUUUGCGAAAGUCCAGCGCAUCCAGGAGGUUUGCAAGGGAGCCAUGACUCUGCUUGGAUAUAAGACGGUGGAUAGCGAGAAGGAGCAAAAGCUGCUGGACUUAAACCUGCUGACACCACGUGAACGCUAUCAGUUCAGCUGGAUGCCUUCUAAAAGCACUACCGCUAAAUUAUAGAGGCGCUCCAGUGAUCAAAAGCGUAAAGACCAAAGAACUGUGGCGUUUGCCCUUCAGUUUUUGUUUCUGCUUCACUUCCUACUAAAGUACAAUCAAACGUGUGGACCGUCUGACACCGUGUUCUAGUGACCAGCAGAGAACUGGACGUUCCUCUGUUAAAUGGGAUGCUAAAGCAAUGAAGCGCUGUCAAAACCUUUAACACUGGAUGCUGUUUUUGAAGAAAUUAUGGUCCAAUGAUUAACUUCAAGAUGUAUUUAUUGACAAAAAACUAUAAUGGUGUUUUUUGUUUGUGUUUACGAAAAGAACAUUAGCAUUUCAAACUGACGUUGUAGAUGUGGGUUGAAUCAGAAAUACAAUAGGACUGUUACUUUCAUAUAAAUAACCGUAUAAAGCUGAAUAUCAACGCCAUUGUGAAUAAAAUAGUUCCUGCUCCUGAAGACCCACUGUUCCACAGAGUUUAACUGCAACUCUAAUCAAACACACCAGGGGCCUGUAGCAUGGAGCCGGAUUAGCUGGCUAGCCUGGUAAGUUUCAGUUUAGUUUGUACCAAUCCUUGGUUUUAGGUACCAUGAAAGUGGCUUGGCUUUAAUUGCCAUAGUAGCUUGCACUCCACGGCUAACUUGCUCCGGGGCAGGUUAUGUUCUGGGUUAGAGAUCAAAAACUGACAUCGGACCAAUCUGAUGUGAGCAAAGUGAUACAUGUCUGACGCAAAAAGUUAAUAUAUGAUUGUAUGUUUAGAUUUAUGUUAGUGUUAUGAUAUUUUAGAAGUCUGCUGGAUGUAGACCAGUUGCUGUCCAUGUUCUCGCUGGAUUUAGACUUGGACAAUGAAAAAAUUGUUCCAACUCUUACAAAUGUGAUUGGAUGUGCUAUUUUUUUAUUUUUAUUUUUUUUUAAGUCACACAUCAGUUAAAUCCUUGCUGUGAAGCACUUUGUUUAACUGUAAACUGAACAAACAAAAAAGUCACACAAGAGCUGGAAGAUGCAGAAAUUUAAUGCAAAUGAAAGGAUUUAAUUUAAUUGCCUGAAAAGUUCCAAAAGCUCCUAUAAGAUGGAUUUUCAGAGAAUGCAUACAAAUUAAAAACACAAACACAUUAAAAUGUUGUAUACCACCACUACAGUUGACAAUUUCAACCAAAAUUAAAUAAUGAACAGGAUUUAUGUUGUGCUCUUUGGACGAGUGCAUAUUAGAAAAAUCGUGGCCUGGGCAAAUAAAAAAUCCUAACGCAAGAUUUCCAAGCUCACAAUAAUAUGCAGCAAAUUGAGUAUGUACAUUGUGGGAAUGUUGUAAUACGGAUUUUUUUUUUUUUUUUUUUUUUUUGACCAUAAAUGGCCUACAAUUGAGUUAAUUGCAUUACUUGUCAGAAAGUCUGUUUAUUUGUUUUAUAUUUAUUGCACAUAAGGGCCAAAGGUUGUUGCUCCCUUUUUAUAGACAAAGAGAGGCCUGUGCAUUACUGGAAGACAUAAGGAGGAAAACUAGUCUUUCUCUAUUGAGUUAAUUAUGCCUGCAUGUAAAACACGUGAGAAAAUAAGGCUUAGAAUGUGAAUUUAUCUUGUUUUGAGAAUAUUUAGCUACUGUAGUGGAAAACAAAGCAAAGUUACUUAUUUUAAUAAGAAUCUGUUUCUGUACAUCUACAGUAAGAGGGUCCUCUUACAAGUUCAAUGUUAGCUAUGGUAAUUGGAAGAAAAUCAACUUUAGGUAGGUUAUUGUUCUGAUUAUAUACAUAUGGACUAAAUAUCUGACUUUUAUCAUCCAUGUGUUUAUCUGCUCUUAAAUUCAUAAAUUUAAAUACUUGAGUGACUUUGAAACUGAAUAAUUAGGUGAAGAGAACAAUUAGGUUUUGGGUUCUACAAAUUCAUUUAUAUUUAUCUAACUAAAGGUGAUUUUUAUUAUUAUUGUUUUUUAAAUCACAUGAUCAACAAAGUGAAAAUGUAUAUACAGUGCACAGCAUAAAUGAGUACACCCCAUCAGAAUAAAUAUAAAAGAUGUAUUUUCUUAAUGAUCACUAAUAUAAUUCAGGGAAAGAUGGCAAAAUUUAAAUGUAUUAAACAUAUACUUAUCUUUAACAGGGAGUGUUGCUCAGCUCGUCUCUACAGAAUCCCCCACAGCUGCUCAAGAGUAUUAAGAUUGAGUGAAAUACAAGUCCACUGAAGGAUUUUCACUUUGGGAGAAUUAAUAUGUUCAUUGUCAUGCUGAAAAAAUGCCCAAUAAUGCAGGGAAUGAGGGUAGCUUCUUCAGUUUUUUGUAUUACAUCACACAGUGGUGUGUGUGAAUUCAUGACCACUUUGAUAAAGCACAACUCCCUCACACCUUCAGCACUCAUACAUCCCAAUAUAAGAGCUUUACUGCCACUGAAUGUCACUGUGAGUACCAGGCACUUCUCACUGUACUCCUCCUCUAGCAACACCACAACAUUUUGGAUGCUUUUGGAUUCGAAAUGAUUGACUUGGUCUCUUGAGACCAGAGUAUGGAUUCCCAGAAGUCUAUAUUUUGUAAAUAUGGGCCUUGUAAGAGGUUAAAUGAGUUUAUUGUGCUUUGGCUACACUAGGUAAUACUAGUGGUGACAACAGCCAUGUCACUUCUGCAGGCUGCGUCGUCGUACUCUGUGAGAUAAAGUGUCACUCUUUUCAUAGCUUUUGUCGACUCUGAGACACUUACGUGGUAUUUCUCCGGCUCUUUUUCUAGCAAAAAUUCUUAAAGUGAAGGCCUGAUUAUUUCAGGAUCCUUGUCACAAGUCCAUUGUUUUUGAAUGUUGGUGCUGCUUCUGCUAUAUUUUCACACUUAAAACAAUAAUUUGGUAUUCCUCUUGUACCAUUGUCCACUUUUAUGCUAAGAAAUCAGUCACCUGGCAGUUCUCUCCCAAGUGGUUUCAUUGUUGGCAGCAUCAAGUCUGAGUAUGAUCCAGUAGGCUAUAUAACACUUUUCAAGAAUUUUAGGAAAUUACUUGUCUUUUAAAGGUUUGGUUUAACAUACUUACCUGUUAAUCAGAAAUAGCCUUAAACCUACACUUUUUUUUUUUAUUUAUUUAUUUUUUUUUAUUUAGUAACUUUCAGGAAGGUGUACUCAUUUUUGCAACACAACCUCUUAUCACUUUGAUAAGAAAAUCUUAUUUUCCUAAAUAAUUUUGACAUUCUUCUUUGGUAAUUGAUCAAGCAGGCUUGCUGGAACAUCAUAUCUCCAAAGAACCCCAACAUGUCAUCUAAAUAAAGAGUAAUUGCUGAAUUUAAGUUUUGGAGGGGGUGUACUUAUUUUUGCUGUGCACUGUAUUGAUUACAUAUAGAUAUCUUUUUAAAAUACUUUUCUAUGUACUACUUGGCCAUUACUAACUAAUUGUAAUAGCAGUGUUGAUAAAGUGUUGGAAGAUGCUGUUUUAUGAUUUUAUGACUUGUUUGAUUGUGGUAAAGCAGUAUGUGAUAAAGUCUCGCUAAAAGGACUUCAAACCUGGAUGUCAGACUUGCUUCUACGUUGUGUGGUACUGUGGUACUGUUUUGUUUGUCAUUUACAUAAAACAAUACAUUUAUUGUUCCUUGUACAUGUUCUGUGGAAUUUCUCUGUAUACACUGACGUUUGAAACCUAAUGUGAUCAAAUGCAAACUUUUAUUUUUUCAUUUUUAAUUGAAGUAUUGCCGUUUCAUGAGGUAAUGUUUGAGUUCAAUGGGAGCUGGUAUUUUAUUGAUGUUUGAAUCACAUUGAUUUAUAUUCAACAUGUCAAGCAUUGUCCUAAAUCAGUUGAAGUGUAAAUGAAGAUAAAGUUCCCGCAAGAUCAAGAUCUCUUCAAACACUUGUGUUGUGUGACUGUAGAGCAGGGCUGGGGAGCUUCGUUCCUGGAAGGCCACUGUCCUGCAGAAUUUAGCUUUAACCCUAAUUAAACACAUAGUGAUCAUUAAGACCUUUAUUAGCUUGUUCAGGCAUGUUUGAUUAGGGUUGGAGCUAAACUCUGCAGGACAAAGUUGCCCAGCCCACCUCUAGAGAAUAUAUUUUCUUACCUGUUGUGAUUAGGAAAGAAGUCUGAUAAUGUAUCCAUCACAAUCUAUUCUGUUGUCAAAAUAUAUCGGGAGAGAGACAUUAAAGAAAUAAAAUCAUGGUACACAUUUAGAUUAUCAGUAUUUAUGCUUGAUUUCAGUAAGUUGUCUCUAGGUUUAUAAUUAAUGUUGCUUUUUUGGUUGUUCGCACAUUCCUCAUCCACUGGUUUGUCUAAAUCUGUCUGAUCAAUGUGGAGUAAAAUGGUUAAUGUUCCCUGUAUGUCCCUGCUGUAAUAAUAUACGUAAAAGCUAUUAGCUAUGUACAGUAGACUAAUAUUGCUUUUAUACUGAGUUAUAAAUACAAUAAUGUAACUCUAACCCUCACAGAGAACUUUUUGCAUUUUUACAACCUUGUUUACUUUUGUGCAAAUGAGCAUGGCCUCAAAUGUCCCAAAAAGGAGGUUUUGUCAAUAUCAGAAGUAGCGUUCAGUAUGUUUUGUUUCCAGCAGCUGCUUUGAGUCCUGCAAUUGCAUCACGUCCUCAUAAACUGCUCCAGAUUUGACAGGUCUUGGUGUGAGACAUUACUCCACUCUUCCACCAAGUUCAGUUUUGCAUGGUUACAUGUGGUUUGCCACUGCAUUGGCAAUCAGCUGUCCCUCUUGUCUCCCUGCUGCACUGUCUUAGGUUUCUUACACUGAAGACAUUGCAUGGAUACAGGUCCAUGUGCAAUUGUUUAUGGUUCACUGAACAACAUUGUUUAAAGCCUUUCUAAUAAAUAUCUGUAAAGCUUAUUUGGAAUUUACAAAACUGUCUUCUGGUAUUUCAUCUAUAGCUUUAUUUAUAGUGUUAUCUAGCACAUCUAUUGAUACUGCAGUGACUUAGACACUCGUCUAAACAUUCAGAAGCAAUUAAAAGAUACAAGUAAAUUGCAUAGAACCCUUCACAGUUUUUUGAUGAACAGAAUCUGCCUAGAACUGCAAAUGGCGUUUUAAAUUUUUAGGUUGAAGGUCUUCAUAUCUGUUUAUCUUUUGUUCAAAGACUAUUAACAUACUUUUAUAUUGUCAGUGAUUCUGAACAAGAAUGUAAUCUGGUGAAUGUAAUGAAUUUAUUUAAUAUAAA